CUUACCCUGGGCAUCUCCCAGCCAGUGGCGGGCUACGGCAGGCUGCCAGCCUGUCCUGGCACCGUGCUACUUGCGUUCUGGAAACAGCCAGCAGGUCCAGGUCCUAGGUGGGGGAGCCAGGAGGCUCCACGCACAACUCUCGCCCACAGGCUCCGCUUCCUCCACUAGCUCCCGUUGGACAGUUCCUGGCCAGUGGAAUUGCGAAGCCGGUGAUCUGGGCGGGGGCAGCACAUGGAGGCCCUUGUCCCCCCUGCCCCCAGCUUGGAGUCAGACCUGUGUGAAACCGCAGUGCAGUUUUCCUCACCCAUAAGCCCCAAAGACCACCAGAGCAACCCACAGUGGUACAAACACUAAGGUGCCUGUGGGCCCAGCCCUUGCCUACUGUGCCACUUCUAUACAAGGGAUUCCCCCAAGCCCUCUCUCCCUGAGGACCCAAGCUGGUCUGGCUCCCAUUCCAGCAGGCCUCUCAAUGGUUCCCUUCAGUUCUCAUUAGGCUGGUGACUUAAUGAGAGGCUGGGAGCCCUGUGGUCUGUGUGGAUCCCAUGUGACAGAGACUGGUAAAGUCUUGGAAUUUCCCAUUCUGGGAUAGUGUGAUCCCAGCACAAAUGGCUUCCCAGAGACUAUCCCCAAACCCUGGCUCAAACCCCCAAAGAUGGCAAGGAGACACAAAGCCCAGCAACUUCUGUUGCAGGAAGAUCUAGACUCUUCAAAAGUCUUUGGCGCAAUCCCUGAGCCCAUCUACACUCUCCUUAUAGGAGCCAGAACAAAGCCCUAAGGGGAAAGAAAAAAGGCACCUAAAUCCCAGCACUGUCAUGAUGUCAGGUGUGAACAUCCCACCAUGCACACCAUUCACUCUGGCUUUGCAGGCGUUACAUCUGCCCCAUUUCUACUCUCAUUCUACUCUUCUAUUGGGUAAGUAGUCUAUGAUUCCCCACUGCCAGUUCAAGGCACUCCCCACUGCAGCUGUCACGUGUGUCCUAAAGGAAGAUCUGGUCCUUUUUACUCACACUGCCACUAAUGUUUGGAAUUAAAAUUUUGAUAUGCCUAUGAAAAAUCAGGUUUUUUGUGGUACAUUAUGACGGCAUACACCUUUAUCAGCCCAACCUCCCAGCUCAGCUGCUCUGCUAAAGAACACCCUUGAGCAGCAAUUAAGUAGGAAUUUUGUUACAGGUUCACUUAUCCCUCUCAACUUUCCUUUCCAAAACUACCGUAUUCCUUCAGACAUACUCAAAUUCAAGUGCUGCAGGGUAAUGGAAAGGCUGAGUGAGAAUGUGACUGAACAGGACUCUCAGAAUUUGCUUCAGGAGCAAAAAUAGGAGCUGGGAGGAUGACAAAUUCACAUUAGUUCAGGCAAGGGAGGGUGCCAAGCAGCAGGAGAGUUUGCUGCUGAGCUGAUGACAGCAGAUCCCUCCAAGCUCUUUGUGCUGAAGUAAGUAGUUUGUCUCUUUUUUCUUGGUUUGAAACAAUCUGAAACUGAUGAGAUUCCCAGACCAACUGUGCCUCAGAGGACCUCUGAGAAGACCAACUGUGCCUGGGAAGAGUAGGAGACGCUGACAGUUUCCUACAUCCAAGGACUUUGGAAGGAGUCUCACAGGAAUCCGAAGAGUGGGAAGAAGAAACUAGGGAGGAGGAACUGUGUUUAUUUUGGAACUGUCUGGGUUAUUUGGACUUCUGCCACUGGCUCUCUAUGGAGUGUUUGCAAUGCCUGAGAAGGACUGGGAGGAAGAGUCUUCAGGGGUUCUGUUAAAUGUGAACUUUAGUGUUUAUUUGGAUGCUGAGAUGGUACCCUGAGAAAGGGUGGGUUGGUUUAGCUGGAGAGUCAGAGGCUAGCAAGCCACAAAGACAGUGGACCCAAAGAGAAACACUUGGAAUUGAAGGCCAUGUCCUGGAGCAAUGAAGCAGAGAAUGCCUGAGGCUUGGACUUGGUCUCUAUUUCCUUUUUGGGGCCCAUGGCUAGAACUGCCGCUGGUUGGGAACUCCAUUCAAUCCCACUAUAUUAAGGGAAAUGUUGGCAGCAUGUCACACUCACUGAACAUUCCGGAGAUCCAGGCUCACGCCAAGCAGCAGCAUCACAUACUGGACUGGGAACACCAGCAAGCAGCUAUAAUGAGUAACUGGAAGAGGUGCAUUUUCACAGUCUGCUCAGCCUAAGGUUCCAGAAAACAUGCACUCCUUUCAGUUACUGUGUUCUCUCCUCCUCUGCAAUGCCCUGGUGGUAGCUGCCCAAAGAAAACUACAGAAGGUCCCGGAGCAGGAGGAGCAGGAGGAGGAGGAGAACAUCAAGCAGAUAAGGAUGCCUCAAACUCUCUCCCGAGGAUGGGGUGAUGAAAUUGAAUGGGUUCAGACAUAUGAAGAAGCUUUAACUAGAUCAAGAAACAGCAAGAAACCUCUGAUGGUCAUCCACCACUUAGAAGAAUGCCCUUAUAGCCAAGCUUUAAAGAAAGCUUUUGUUUCCAGCCCAGAGAUCCAAAAGAUGGCUCAAGAGGAUUUUAUUAUGCUUAAUCUGGUGCAUUCGAGCACAGAUGACAACAUGGCCCCUGAUGGCCAUUAUGUCCCUAGGAUCCUCUUUGUUGAUCCCUCUAUGACAGUUCGAGCCGACCUGACAGGAAAGUAUAAGAACAGAAUGUAUGCAUAUGAACCAGCAGAUAUUUCAAACUUGAUUGAAAACAUGAGACAAGCAAAGACACUUCUCCACACAGAACUAUGAACAAUGGACCUGACCAGAUCUACACAUGCCAGGGAAGCGGACGGAUUGCACAGCAAAAGCCAGGGCUUGACAACCCUGAUAGUGCAGAAAACAUGAAAAUACAAAUCUGGAAGUUUAGUGGCAUUAGUGCAUUUUCAAAAUGUUCUGUACAUAGUGGUUAAUAUAGAGGAAGUGGUGGUACUGAGGGAUUAGACUAGAAUACAUUCAAUCUUCUCUGAAAUAACUCUAUGGCAAAGUCAUACUUAUCUGAACUCUGUGUGCUAUAUGGGGAACAUCUGAACAGUACCCUUCUUUCUUGUAAGUAACUGUUUAUUUAGGAAGUUAGCAGGUUUACAAAUCACUAGACAAGCAUCAGGAUUCUGUUUUUACUCAUGCUUACAAGCCAAUGUCUUUCAAACUUAAUAUUUUAAAAAGUGUCAAAUACAAUGUUUUUUGGGGGCCAGUUUACUUUAAUUAUUGAAUAAAUGGUAACCAAAUAUCUAAGUAUCCAUUUCUGCUCUGUAUUUUGCAGGGUAUAUAUUUCCAUAAUUUUUUCCCCAAACAUAAACCUAUAUUUUAACUAUUUCUCUCUAAUUAUGGGCUAUUGGUUUUUUCUUCCCAUGACAAGCUGCUAACAAAUCUUGCAAAUUCUUCACUUCUUUGCACGUGAUCAUUUCUGCUAGAAAGGCCCAAGAGAAGAUUAACCAGUGUUUUCUUUGGUAAUAAAUAUCCAACAGUCUAAUAGUUAGUUAUGAAUCACACCCCAGUACUCUGACUGGACACAUCCACCAUGUGAGUCUUUUAUAAGCUGUAAGUCUGCUUUACCUUUUUCCUGUCAUCUUGUUUAAGUCCUCGACACAGAAGGCAGCCAUGGUUAAAUAUACUCACAGUUGUGUGCCAAAAAUUAAAAUGUGUAAUUCCAAACAGAUUAAAAUGCACACAAGGGCAAACUGUAUACUUUUUCCAAAUUUUGUACUUACCCCUUACCUACUAGCCUACUGGGUGACCUUGGGCAAAAUCACUUGCUGUGCCUCAGUUUCUCCCUCCAUUAAAUGGCAAUAAUGAUGCUGACCUCCUCUGUAAAGAGCUUUGAGAGCUACUGAUAAAAAGCACUAGGUAAGAGCAAGGUAUCACAUUACAUUGUGAAAUGCCACCAUGACUAAUGUAGGGCUCAGAAACGUUACCUGUUUUUAAAAACACAAAGUCUUUACUAUCAUUCAAAGGACAUAAAAGCAUCUUCAAUUAAAUCGUUAUGAAUGGAGCAAUUUUGAUGGGACUCACAAGCAUGGCAUUACACACUUGUUCCAAGUCACUUUUCUGAGUGUAGCCAUGCUUAUAUCAAACAAAUAACCAUGUAAAGGGUUUUAAAAAAAUUGGACUAGAAGAAAAUAAAUUGAACUACCAGUCCUGCAACCCGAGUUUAGGAUCUGAAAAUCAGAGAUUAUUUUUGGGUCACACAUGACCAAGUUCUGAUUGCUGAAUCUUUAAUGACUUUAUUCAUCAUCCCAGAGGCAGAAUAGAUUCCAAAUGUCUCAAAUCAUCACAGUCAUGUUUACAUGAUCACUUUUCAGACCAAACCCACACUUAUGCUCAAGAAGAAAAACAGAACCUGAUCCUGCGAUAAGCAUCAUCUGAGAGGAAGACACAAGGCCUAUGAAAUCUCUUUAGAAAUGAAACUUUUUCCCCCCUUUUUUUGGCAUUAAGAACCUUCUCUAAAUUACAUUAGCAUUUCUAGGGAGCUGUGGGAUGAGAAUAAAGAUCUAGGUUUAUUCAAGUAUUUUUUACAGCAUCCACACAAACAGAGAUGGUGUCCCUGCGCUGGAGAGCUGACAAUCUACAUUUAGGUGCGACGUGAUGAGUGAGUGUAAACUUCUACCAGGAAGGUCAACAUUUCAGCAGCACAAUCAUAUGGUAACUUGCUGGCUUAGACUAGCCACAUUUAGGUUUUGUUUUUUUUUUUUUUUUUUUUUUUUUUACAAAAUGCAUUUAACACACUUGGUUACACCCUGUGACCACUGACACGUCCUUUGGGUAUCACAGAGGAAGUGAAUUAAGGAGGGAUUGGAAGACAAAAGGGUAGAGGCUGUGUGGGCUAUGCAUGGCUGCUAAUGGGGGAAAACCACCUGGAGACAGUUGCAGAAGAGGACAUCAAAGAUGGCAUAAUUGCUGGAAAGUGGGGGGGUCAAGAGCAAAACUCUAAUUAUAGGUUGAAUACAAAGAUGGAGGUGGAGUUACAGAGGGCAAAGAGAAGAUGUUACCUCCAUGCAGUGGAGGAUUCCAAGAGGUGGAUAACAGUCAGAUUGAUGGGUAACGAAGAGGAUUUCAGCUGGGAGGAAGACAGGAGAUGGUCAGGGCAUGGAUGUCACAUCUAGCUGCAGUUAUAGAAAGGAAGGGUUGAAACUUCACAACAGCUGGGAGAAAGAAUGGCCAAGAUUUGGGUACUGCAGCAGAAUAAAAGCAGACAGAAAAUGGUUAAUCAGUGGAAUAACCAAUGUUCACUUAUUUCAAACAAACUUUUUUUUGUGUCAGUGAUGAAGCAAGCAUGAUGGCUGGAGGCCAAUUUUUAUUCUCACUUGAUAUAAAUUCUCCUAGACGAUCAGAAAGGGAAUUUUAGCAAAACCAGGUAUUUAAACCCUAAUGAUCACAAAAAUCAAUUUUUUUGAGGGAGUCAGUUAAAACUUACAACAAGAGCUACAUGGUGUAAAGGUUUAUAGAUUCGCUAGUGAUGAGAGCAUGAGGUUGUCUUCCCAGCAACUCUUCCUUUCUGAGAUGUUCCAAAUUCCUUGAGAAAGGCACACAGAAAAAGAAGGAACACUCUUGGGUAGAGCUCUGUUUGUGGUUGGAGCUCGUGAGUACCACUACUUUUUUCUGCACUGGAUCCACAGAUUAGGUAACAUGAAAUUAAAGUUACCUAAUCCCUGGGUCAAAUGCAGGGGGAAAAAAAAGGAGUGGUUUGCAUAAGUUCCACCCACAAACAAAGCUUCACCCAAGAGAUACCAGAACAAGAUACCACUUCGUGUGCUGCAAGUCUUCCUACGAAUCAUUAUCAUUAUUCCUUUUAUUUCACAUGUAUUCUGAUGGUGGAUUGCCAUCCUUCUUUCUUGCCUGCUUUGAUCAGAGGGAAAGUGCAUGUUAUCCCAUUAGUGUUCUGAUUCAGCAUCAACUUUCCACUGGAGGUAAAUGGGAGCAGUUUACAUCUCUGAGCUUCUUUAUGGCUGUCUGCAGACUCAGGCAGACAUCACUAUGUUAAAGAAUCCUCAGAUUGUGAACUGUGUAUUUGCUAUAACAAAGACUGGAAUAAAUUUUAAUUGAAAGCCUAGCGACUCGGGGCGCUGGGGGGGGGAGGGGGCGCGAGUUUGCAGGAGGGGAGUAUUAUGAUGGCAGCCUCCAAAAAUUACUGGCUCACUGAGCCCACUGGAAGCCAAACCCAUUCAAUCCUUGUUAUAAAAUCCAUCCACCCUCUGUUCAGGACUUCACUGCCACAUUGUCUAUAGUGCCAAGAAGUUUCUUCUGAAUCGAGCCCGAAUUUGUUCUCUCAAUGUUGCCACACAUCGGUCCCUGUGCUACUCUAGUUCCUCUCCCCUCUUGGAGUUUACCUCCUUCAGAUAUGUGUAGAAUCUAAUGUCUUUUUGGUCAUUACUUAGAAAUAAUUAGAGCUCAGAAAGCUAGUUAUUUAACAAGCGAGUUCCACCAGCUCCCUAAUCACUUAGGCAAACUGUAGGAAGUUAUAAGAAAAACCAACAUUUUUCCCAUAAUGAGGUGUCCAGAGCUGAAUAUAAUACUCCAGAAGCAGUCUCGUCAGGGAUGUACUGAGAUCAGGCAGAUAAAAGAUUAAAACUGAUUCUUUAAAAAGCCUUUUUUUAUUGUUCACAGGUUCACUGACCUCUAGAAGAUUUGGGAUAUUUCUUUUGAGAGAGAGAAUGAACAGAUAACAUAAAUAUAUCAGGGAAAUUAGAUUUAUGGGGUCAGAAGUUAGCAGGCUUUUUUGAAGAUGGGGAAAAUCUAACAGUUUCAGUUACCAGUACACACAAAGUUUCAAUCAGACAAUGGAACAUGCUAGGAAUACUCAGUGGAGAGAAGCCAAUGGAGCUUCACCCAGAUCUGCCGUGUGGAGCAGACUGUUCUACUAGAAGUAAGUCUGUUUGAAAAUUGGGAUGAUAUAAAAUAGCCAGGCCUAGAUGCUAUACCUCUUAGAGCAUUAAGAAAACUAGCAAAAUCAAUAGUUCUUUUCACAGAAUCUCACCUCCUAUUCAGCCAAGCUAUUUAAUUUUACUUGUUGAAAACACAUUUUAAAAUAGGAGCUCAGUGUUUCAGACAUUUUGGAUAGCCAUUCAUUCAUUCCUUCUCCAUGUUCAUUAAUUAGUAACCAAUCUAAACUGUAUGAUAUGUUACAAAGAAAGCAUGAGUGAAACAUUUGUUAUAUACAUAUAUAAACAAUUCUUUGUUCAGUUUCUGAAGCAGACUUGGAUAAUAAAGAGCAAAGCUUCUCCUCACAUUGGAACAUAACUGUGACAAAUUGUGGAAUCAUAAACUCAAUUUAAAAAAGGUAUUUUUCCCUUUAACAAAAAUCCUCACUGUGGACUGAUCCUCCAUGGGCUUUUCUUAAAAUCUUUCAAGCCAACAUUAAAAACAGUAACUCAAUAUUGGUUCAGUGCAAUCACUGCUACAUUACACUACACUACCCACUUAAGUACUUAAUCUAUAUCUAAAUUUCUCUGAGCUUCAAGUCUUUGAAAAGUAUAAGCUUCACUUAUUAAAGGAAGAUGGAAAGAGAAGGG